AGAACCAGCCAAUCCCGUUUCAGAAGCUUUGACGCAAUUUGCAAAUGGCCGUGAAAAGGAUCGAGCUCCAGGGUGUAUGAAAGACUAAAUGGUGGAGUUGUCCGUUUUAACAACUUGUGAAUAAUUAUUGGUUCAGUGUAGUGAAGUUAAAAAAAGACAUCAUGUGCCAAAAAAAUAGAAUCCUGUUGUAAUAGUGGUAUUCGAAGCGCCACAGGACUGCUGCUGGAAUAGUCGAAGAGAUAUUGCUGGUUGAAGGUUGUCUGUGGUGAUCGCGCGGCUGUGGUCUCGUGGUGUGGUGUGAGCGGCGCGUGUGGCAUCGCGUGUGGCAACCGGAGUGUGGCAUAACGCGCAACAGCCAUGAACGAACUGGACAGCCUGCGCCAGGAGGCGGAGACCCUUAAGAAUGCGAUACGAGAUGCGCGGAAAGCGGCGUGCGAUACGUCGCUCGCGCAGGCGACGGCCAAUCUGGAGCCAAUCGGGCGCAUCCAGAUGCGCACGCGGCGUACCUUGCGCGGCCAUCUCGCCAAGAUAUACGCCAUGCAUUGGGGCAGCGACUCCAGGAACCUGGUGUCCGCGAGCCAGGACGGCAAGCUGAUCGUGUGGGACAGCCACACUACCAACAAGGUGCACGCCAUCCCGCUGCGCUCCUCCUGGGUCAUGACCUGCGCCUACGCGCCCUCAGGAUCCUACGUCGCAUGCGGUGGUCUCGAUAACAUCUGCUCCAUCUAUAGCCUGAAGACUCGCGAGGGCAAUGUGCGCGUGUCUCGCGAGCUGCCCGGACACUCGGGGUACCUCUCCUGCUGCCGCUUCCUCGACGACAACCAGAUCCUCACCAGCUCCGGGGACAUGACUUGCGCGCUGUGGGACAUAGAGACGGGGCAGCAGUGCGGCCAGUUCACGGGGCACACGGGCGACGUGAUGUCGCUGUCGCUGGCGCCCGACCAGCGCGCCUUCGUCUCCGGCGCGUGCGACGCCUCCGCCAAGCUGUGGGACGUGCGCGACUGUCAGUGCAAGCAGACCUUCCCCGGACACGAGAGCGACAUCAACGCGGUCACGUUCUUCCCGUCCGGGUUCGCGUUCGCGACCGGAUCUGACGACGCGACGUGCCGCAUGUUCGACAUCCGCGCUGACCAGGAGCUGGCGAUGUACUCGCACGACAACAUCAUCUGCGGCAUCACCUCCGUCGCCUUCAGCAAGUCGGGCCGGCUGCUGCUCGCCGGGUACGACGACUUCAACUGCAACGUCUGGGACUCCAUGAAGAGCGAGCGCGCCGGUAUCCUGGCCGGGCACGACAACCGCGUGUCCUGCCUGGGCGUCACCGAGAACGGGAUGGCGGUGGCCACCGGCUCCUGGGACUCCUUCCUGCGCAUCUGGAACUAAACGCACCCCCACCCCGCGCCCCGCACACC